GAUGUAGAAGCCGUGGGAAGGGUGGAAGAAGGGGUUUUCUUCUAGCGGGUUGCGGCGGUGAUGGAGGCCGGUGAGAGAUGGGAGGUCUUUGAUACUGGUUGCGUUGGCCAUGAGGAGAUGGUGAGAUCAGAGAGGAGUGAGUCUGAUUGUUAUCAUCGGAGAGGCAGUUACAUGGCGGAGACGUGGCAAGCGCAGCCGUGUGGGCAUCGACACGUCGCCUGAGACAUCUCUUAUUCCAAGACUGUACUGUAGAAGGGUUUCUGGGGCAUUGGCUUGUUAUGAGAUUCACUUGAUGGACUGGCUCAGCAAGGAGGAGGGUGAUGCCUCUGAGAUGGGAAACUGUAUCUUAUUAAGCAAAGAGGUUUGUAGUUAUUUUCUAAAUUUUAUUUGAAAAAGUCUGGAGUAUGGGACUAUGGACCAUGGAGGGUGUGAAUGUUGUCUUGUGGAGUUGAUGUGUGUUGCAUAAGAAGCAUAGCGACACAAUGACAAAUCGAAGAGACGGUGUGACAAAUAGAAGAGACGGUAUCACACUGGCCUAUCUUCAAAGUUCAAACUGUUGAGCAUCCCUUCAGUGUGAAAGAUUCUUUAUCGUCUCUCUUUUGUCUUUCUCCCCAUGGGAAUGGGAAGAACAACUUCGAAGCUGAGGAAGGCCGCAAAAAGACUGGUCUUAGCUGCUUGUCGUUCUCUUUCUCUUCUUCCUCUGAGUUCACGGGGAUCUACAGCUGUUAUAAAGCCAGAGAAUGUUUAUCUGCCCCAUCACCAUGAGGUCCAUAAAGAGGCCAUAGAUAAAGUAGACUCCACUCAUGCUACUUCUACGAUCUUGUGCGCUAUUUGUCUUGAACCUCUGAGUCAUUGCGAUGAUAACUCUCCCAGUGAAGCUACAUUCACGGGACAAUGCUCUCACUCCUUCCACUUUUCGUGCAUUGCUUCCAAUGUGCGUCAUGGAAGUGUCACUUGUCCUGUUUGCCGCGCCCAUUGGACCCAUCUCCCUCCUCCUUCCUUUCCCCACCUGUCUGAGCGCCAGCUAGACGACCCUGUUCUUCGUAUUCUUGAUGACUCCAUUGCCACUUCCCGCGUCCAAAGACGCUCGCUCCUCCGCUCUGCUCGCUACGACGAUGAUGAUCCUAUCGCCCCUCCUCAUUCCAACACCAAUUACCCUCGUCUAGACUUCUCUUUAACCCCUCUCACAGUUUACCCCAACUUAGUCUCUUAUCCAUGCUGCUUACACCCUCUCCAAGGUGCAUAUUCUCCAUUACAAAUGUGUAGAACAUCAGUACUGCCACUGCCAGAAGAUUACCACUGUGUGUGCACUUCCUUGAGCACAAGAAGUGCCUAUCUCUCUGUGAAGCUUAAAGAUCCACAACCCAUUGACUUAGUGUUGGUUGCGAGUCCUAGCGGGCCACAUUCUCGCCUUCUCAAGCAAGCGAUGAUAUUAGUAACAUCCUCUCUUCGACCAGUUGAUCGUCUAGCCAUAGUGACAUACUCAUGUGUCGCAGCACGUGUGUUUGCUCUGAGACGCAUGACUUCAUGUGGAAAGCGGGCAGCUCUGCGAGUCAUUGACCGUCUCUUCUACACGGGACAAACUGACCCUUCUCAAGGCAUCCUUAAGGGCAUAAAAGUACUCAAAGAUCGUGCAUACAAGAACCCACAAUGCAGCAUUCUACAUAUCUCAAGUAGCUCAUAUUAUCCCAACAGCGUGAUGCAUAGAGGUGUCAUGGUCCAUGGGUUUCACGUGGGGUUAGGUAGUGAGACUUGGAAUGGUUUUGUGUUGCAUAAGUUGGAAGAGUUUCUUAAAAACGUGUUGGGAGUAGUAGCAAGCGAUAUCCAACUGAGAAUCGGUAUGGAAGGGAAUGUUGUUAAAGUAGGCGAGUUGAGAGGCGGUGAAGAGAGGCAAGUGUUGCUAGAUCUUGGUGGGCAUGUCAGUGUUCGUCUCUGCUAUAGCUAUGUGGAAGGAGACAGUAAUGAGUGUAUCAGGAGAAGAGGGGAGACGACAUUGAGCUUGGUUGACGAUAAGGAAGGGAUAGUAACCGCCGGUGAUUGUGAAUCGGCAGGUGCGAGGGAUGAUGACUAUAUGAACAGCAAUAGUGUGAGGAGAAGCAUUAAUACUGGAGCUUGGGACUAUCAUGAUCCUUUUAUGGCCAGAAGGUGGGCAAAGCGGUUGCAUGAAACUGUAAAUCUCUGAUUAUUUUUUUGACUUAUAUGUUUUACUUUUCAAAGUUCCAUUCUACACCAUUUCCUCAGAGUAAAGACUAGCAAUAAUUAAGUGGAUCACAAUUGCAUGAA